AUGUCGUUCGUGAUUCGUAUAAGGGGCCUUCCGUUUUCUGCUAAUGCAGAGGACAUAAUCAGUUUUUUCGGCGAUUCCAAAAUCAAAGGCGGAAAGCGUGGAAUUUACUUCCCCCAAGGACCUAAUGGUCGUUCCAACGGAGAGGCUUUCAUUGAGUUGGAGAGCAAGGAAGACAAAGAAAAAGCCAUGGAACGUCACAAGGAACAUAUGGGUCGCCGAUAUAUUGAAGUGUUCGACUCGUGCUCAGAAGAAUUAGAUUUUGCUAUGGGGAACAGGUCCUCUGACACACAUAACCGAAAAGAGCAUGUUGUGCGAUUACGCGGUCUUCCUUAUGAUACUGAGAAAAAAGAAAUUUAUGUAUUUUUCAACGGUCUGGAAAUAGCUCCCAACGGUAUCGGGUUAUUGGUGGAUCAUAUGGGUCGUUGCACUGGGGAGGCCUAUGUACAAUUCACGUCUUCUGAAAGUCUAGCACGGGCAAAGGAGAAGCAUAUGGAGAAGAUAGGGCACAGAUACAUAGAAAUAUUUGAGAGUACGAUGAUGGAAGCUAAUAUGAUGUUACAGCAGCAAAUGGAAAUAAAUCGAAAUCGUGGUUCGACUGGUGGGCCGAUGUUUGCUCGUGGUUACUGUGACAACCAUCUUAGUCCGAUGGGUCACUGCAAUUUUCCUAGAGGGUACGAUGCACCGCCGUUUAGUCCAAAUGGUCGGGGUCCCAAUAGAGGUCCAGUUCCUGGACGAUUCACACCGUAUGGGCGGCCUCCACAUCCUCCUGGGCAUUUUGAGUACAGUUCUCCAGCUAGGAGCUUUGAAGGGCUGUCUGCCCUGAAGGGUUCGAUUUUCGGAUCAUCUGGCCAUUUUGAGGCUGAUGAUCCACAAAGCUUGACAGGGCAUUCGGUUCGUAUGAGAGGUCUGCCGUAUUCCGCAACCAAAGAGGACAUUGAUCGCUUUCUGGCUCCUCUACAACCGGUCGACAUCCGGAUGCGAUUUAAUGCCUCUAAUCGUCCUACUGGCGAAGCGAUUGUGGACUUUGCCAGUCAUGACGAAGCGAAGGAAGCAAUGAAGAAGGAUCGCGAAAAGAUUGGGUCUCGUUAUAUUGAGCUUUUCUUGGCAUCCACCCCUAAAGGGAUAUCUCCAUCAUUUCGAAUGAACAAUGGUGCUGUAACUCAUAACCGUCGAUCACCUCUUGUUUAUAAUAGUCGGGGUUUCCUGGGUCCACCAUACAACAACUAUUCGCACCACCAACUAGAUUACGAUGAUAGGCAUUAUGCGGAGGACAUGGUGUAUAAUUCAGCUCCGUAUGGGCCCGAAUAUAAUCAAAGAUACGAUACUUUCCAUAGAAUGCGGCGGGUGUGA